CCCCCGACCAGCUUGCAGGCUGGAGCCCGGGUCAGCUUUGGCAUCUUCAUCCAGUCAGUGACCAACUCCUGGCUGAGCAAGUCCUCUGCUUGUGCCCCUUGCUUCGCUUUCUGCCUUCCUCCCGCCACGAGGGCGAGCCCGGCGGCUGCCAGGCUGAAAAGGAGCAAGGAAAGGAGGAUUGAAGAGAAGAAAGAACUGGCUGGGUCUGGGUGGUGUCUGCAGUGCCAGAAAGGGCGGCGGUGGUGGUGGCGGCGUCAGCUGCGACCACGGCCACUCGGGACCUAAGGCCCGAGAGCAGCCGGCGGCGGCAGCUCCAGCGCCUUGCGCCGGGGCCGUUAGUCAGCAGAACACGAGCCCGUGUGGAGGAGCAGGGCCGUUGCGAGGAGGCGGGACUCGGGAGCGCGAGUGGGCCCUCUCGGGCGCUGCCGUCUGUCUUUACUCGUCCGGUCGCCGGGGACAGCAGCUCUCGUCUCUCCUCCCUGGCCCAGCCCGUUCACAAGCUGGGAGAAUCCAGCCGCAGCUUUGCGGAUCUCGCCUUGUGGAGGACAGCGCGUCGGCAGACCUUCCCUCCCAGCCCUUUCUGCCAGACGCCUUGACUGCAGCCCCUCAGGUGCAGAAGAUGAAUAAUCUUUCAUUUAGUGAGCUGUGUUGCCUCUUCUGCUGUCCACCUUGUCCAGGGAAAAUUGCUUCAAAAUUAGCAUUUUUGCCACCUGAUCCAACUUACACACUAAUGUGUGAUGAAAGUGGAAGCCGCUGGACUUUACACCUAUCAGAACGAGCUGACUGGCAGUACUCUUCCAGAGAAAAAGAUGCUAUUGAGUGUUUCAUGACUAGAACCAGUAAAGGCAACAGAAUUGCCUGCAUGUUUGUACGUUGCUCACCCAAUGCCAAAUACACGUUACUCUUCUCACAUGGAAAUGCUGUUGAUCUUGGUCAGAUGAGCAGCUUUUACAUAGGACUGGGAUCAAGGAUUAACUGUAAUAUAUUCUCAUAUGAUUAUUCUGGAUAUGGCGCAAGUUCUGGGAAACCAACGGAGAAGAACCUCUAUGCAGACAUAGAAGCUGCUUGGCUUGCUCUUAGGACAAGAUAUGGCAUUCGCCCUGAAAAUGUGAUUAUAUAUGGCCAAAGUAUAGGGACAGUACCAUCUGUGGAUCUUGCUGCUCGAUACGAGAGUGCUGCUGUUAUUCUUCAUUCUCCUUUGACGUCAGGAAUGCGAGUUGCUUUUCCUGACACCAAGAAGACCUACUGUUUUGAUGCAUUCCCAAACAUUGACAAAAUCUCUAAGAUAACUUCUCCAGUGUUAAUAAUUCAUGGGACUGAAGAUGAAGUCAUUGACUUUUCACAUGGCCUCGCAUUAUUCGAGCGUUGCCAAAGACCUGUAGAGCCCCUGUGGGUUGAAGGGGCAGGUCACAAUGAUGUGGAACUUUAUGGACAAUACCUUGAAAGGUUGAAACAGUUCGUGUCACAGGAACUGGUAAAGGAAUUGCCUCUGAAGAAUUAAUGAGUACCAUACUACUGGAGCAGAACAGAGAAGCUGAAUGACAUGUCACAAUGCUACAAAAGAAAUUCCAGAUUUAAAUAAGUUGAACAGCGUCCUUUAAGACUGUAUAUUCCACCCUGACUGGUGUGGCUCAGUGGGUUGGACAUCUUACCAAAAACUGGAAGGUCGCUGGUUCGA